AUGGCCGUUUACUUGCCGCCGGGCUUCCCCUACUUUACUCCACCGCCGCCACGCUGGGCGCGGUCGUCACCGCCGCCGCCCCCGCCGCCGCAUCACGUGACGUCGCCGAGGUCGUCAGGCGAUAACAGCCCGGCGUCCCCCGGCGGGCCACGCCAAUGCGGCGGCCGACGCGGCGGCGGCGGCUGCAGCCCUCGCCCUGCGGCGGCAUGGGACGACGACGGGAACGAGGAGCAGCACCGCCAUCUGCGCGGGCGAGACCGCAGCAGCGGCGGCCGCCCGCGGCGCGCCAGCCCGACGGCGGGCCUCCAGUCGUUCACGUACAACCGGUCGGUGCGGCACAACGUGACGGGCACCGGCGGCGACGAGGCGGCGGCGACGUGCUCGGUGUGCCUGGGCGCGUUCCAGGCCGGGGAGACGGUACGGCUGCUGCCGGUGUGCCUGCACCUGUACCGCGUCGAGUGCAUCGACCCGUGGCUGGACGCGCACUCGACGUGCCCGAUCUGCAGGUCGGGGACCGACCCGAACACGGAAGCUGGCAGCCUGCUUCCUCCGGUUUAG